UCAAGCCUUUUAUUUAUAAGAACAAGAUAAGAUCAUUAAAUUGCCCUUCUCUAUAUCUUCAUCCCAGCUUUUGACAUGGAGAAUGCUGGUUUCACUCUUCUACUUGUGUGCGCCUUAUGGAUGUCCUCAGGGGUAUGGUCCAGAAACAACGGGCCUGAAAACUGUGAUCCAGAAAACAUACAAGAAAGAUAUGAGAGAUGGAUGGUCCAGCAUGGGCGACAGUACAAGGAUAAGCAGGAAAUGACAUUGCGCUUUGGCAUUUAUAAAUCCAAUUCUGAAUUCAUUGACUCUAUCAAUUCGCAAAACCUAUCAUUCAAGCUGACUGACAACAAAUUUGCAGACAUGACAAAUGCUGAGUUCAGAUCUGCCUAUCUGGGUUCCUGGAGCAGAAGAUCUCCAAGAGAGAGCGACGACUUCCAGCAUGACAUGCAUUAUAAUUUGUCAACUUGCAUAGACUGGAGAAAGAAAGGUGCUGUAACUCCAAUCAAAGACCAAGGCCAAUGUGGGAGCUGUUGGGCAUUCUCCGCAGUGGCAGCCAUAGAAGGGAUCAAUAAAAUUAAAACUGGAAAAUUGACAUCUCUUUCAGAACAAGAGCUUAUUGAUUGUGACGUGAACAACGAAAACCAAGGCUGCAAAGGUGGAUACAUGGAAAAAGCAUACGAGUUCAUAAUAAAGAAUGGUGGAAUCACCACUGAGGAAAAUUAUCCAUACAUCGGAGAAGAUGGCAUCUGCGACGAAAUCAAAGCUAGAAAUCGUGCGGUAGCAAUAAGUGGAUACAAAACAGUGCCUGUAAACAAUGAGAGAAGUCUACAAGAUGCAGUAGUCCAUCAACCUGUAUCUGUUGCCAUCGACGCUGGAGGGUAUGAAUUUCAGCUGUAUUCUGAAGGUAUCUUCACUGGAUUUUGUGGAAAUCAACUCAACCAUGGAGUUACAGUAGUUGGCUAUGGAGAAGAUGGUGGAAGAAAGUACUGGCUGGUGAAGAAUUCGUGGGGCGCCAGCUGGGGUGAAUCUGGCUAUAUAAGGAUGCAACGUGACUUCACUGAUAAGAGAGGUAUUUGCGGCAUUGCUAUGGAGCCUAGUUACCCUGUUAAGAGUUGAACAGGCUUUUAGGGAAUUAGCCUAGGAAUUGUUGGACGAUGGCUGCUUGCUUCACAGCUCUCUAGAUGGUAUAUUCAUGUUGUAAUUCAAGUUAAAACUGUGACAGGGAUGUAAAAGUAAUAAGAUUAAAAAUUAUAUGAAGCAGAUUACG